GAGCGCGCGCGCCUGAGUGAGUUCGCGAGCCGCGCUUCGUGCGCAGUCGACGCCCGCACGUUUCGGGGGCGCUCUCCGGGCGGAACUGCGGUCGAGGCCGCUUGUACGAAGCGCGAAGAACCCGUAGCCUGUAUAAGGGCCCGGCCUGGCCUGGGAAAGUCUUGAGUCUGAGCCUCCCGGUGACCCCAGGCUCAGCGGUUGCCACGAAAGCAAGACUUCGCCCACGGAGACGUUUCUUGUCCCCGCCAUGUCUUAGUGAUCUUGGGGAGUCUCUGCCUUGCCUGACUCAACCUGGGAGGGAAAUACUGGAGGCGUGGCACUCAUGUGUACCGAAUGCCUGCUUGGAGGAGAAGAGACAUGCCAUUCUUCUUUUCCCAUCUUUCCCUUUUCCUGACUUUCCCUCAAAGAGGACCUUCAGUGACAGAGAUUCAGGAAUAGGAAAAGUAAAUCUAGCUAUCAUUUGGAAGCAAUGAGUUUAAAACCCUUCACCUACCCGUUUCCAGAGACGAGGUUUCUUCACGCAGGACCCAAUGUGUAUAAAUUCAAAAUUAGAUAUGGCAACAGUAUCAGAGGGGAAGAGAUAGAAGAUAAGGAAGUCAUCCUCAAGGAGCUGGAGGAUUCUAUUCGUGUGGUCUUGGGAAACUUGGACAAUCUGCAGCCAUUUGCUACAGAACACUUCAUUGUAUUUCCCUAUAAAAGCAAAUGGGAAAGAGUGUCCCACCUGAAAUUCAAAUAUGGGGAAAUCGUCUUGGCCCCCUAUCCAUUUGUUUUUACUCUGUAUGUGGAGAUGAAAUGGUUUCAUGAAAACCCGUCACCUGGGAAACCAAUAAAUGACAGUCCUCUUGAAUUGGAGUCUGGUUCCUCUCUGAAGGUGCCGGCAGAGACGAAAGCAGCAGGAGCCAUGAUGAGGAAACAAGCGCGAGUGGAAGUACCCAGCCCCCUGCACAGGCCAGAGCUGGACAGGGCCAAGAUGGGGAUUUCCAGCCAAGGCCCCAGCAAAAAGAGGCCCCUUAUGGAAACCAGGAGGAACAUGGAAAGAAAAACCAAGCAGAAAUGUCAGGAGAGCCCAACGUUUGAUAUCACUGAUGCCCAGGAACAGGAUUCUAAGCUGGGGGACAACCUAGUGGGACAGAUCAUCCCCCCACUGCAGCCAGACAAUCCAUCUCCACCGGAAAGACCCGCAGAGCUGGCAACCAAUGGCUUCUUUGGGUUUCUAAGCUCUCUCUUCCCCUUUCGUUAUUUCUUCGGAAAGAGCAGCCGUGGCUAAAGGAUAACCUGGGAGGAGCUUAGGAGCUUUAAGUUCGGGGUGGCAAGGCCCUGAACAGGGGAAUGUCCUGUCCACGGUCACACGGCAAAGAAGAGAACCCUCAGCCCACAACUCGGCCCGGUCUCGAGCCCUCUCUCCCCAGCUGCCCACAAGCCACCCAUUCCACCAGUCUGUGGGCUUUUUUCCACAUCUCACUUCCCCCAGCCCUGGACCUCAGACAGCAGAAAGCGGCAGAAGCCCUUCUCUGAGGACCGCACCUCAGAGGAGAGCUGGAUCUCCCAGGUGGGAUUUGCUCUAAGGCCUCUGGCAGGGAGGCAGGCGUGAAAGCUGAUCCCCGAGAGGGCGUGGCUCUGGAAAGCUGGCAAAUAAAAAUCCGGAGAGCCAGCACCGUCUGG